AUGGUGCUACUGCUGGCUUGGAAGCUUGCUUAUCCCGAACACAUGCACCUGGCACGUGGAAAUCAUGAGGACGCUGACAUGAACUUCAACUAUGGGUUCACGGGCGAAGUUUUGGUCAAGUACAGGGCACAGCUGGCUGUUUGGGCUGCCUUUCAGCGGGUCUUCCUGAACCUCCCUUUGUCACACGUUGUCAACAACGAUGUGUUCGUGACACACGGCGGCCUGCCUCGGAAGGAGGGCACCAAACUGGCAGAUAUCGAAGCCCUGGACGUGAUGGAGAUCACCCGCAGCCUGGAAGAGCGAAAGAUGCACAAAGACUACAACUUGAUGAGCGACCUCAUGUGGGCAGAUCCCCGUGACAUUCAGGGAGUCAGCACUGGCGACCGCGGUCCGACCACUAUCGUCUUCGGGGAAGACGUGACGCAGCGCUUUCUGGAAAGGAACAGCUUGAGCUUCAUGAUUCGAUCGCACGAGGUCAAGGAGCAGGGCUACGAGUGGCAACACGGCCAGCGCUGCCUAACAGUGUUCUCCGCGCCGCGCUAUUGCGAUUUUGGGGACAACAAGGGUGCCGUCGUCCGCCUCCACGCACAAGAAUCAGGCCGGAUGGAACCAGAAAUUCUGCCAUUUCGAUCGGCCAAAAAGCCGGAGCCAAGCACGCACUCAGACCUGAGUAUCUGA